AUGGAUCCAUUCGGCCCGAACCGUCUCCCGAACCGAAAGCCCUCCGCCACAGAGCGCUACCUUGGCGUUCCAUCUCACGCGCCGCCGCCCUCCCCGUUCGUCGCCACCAACGUUGAGCUCCAAGAGGAUGACGUAGUUUUCUUCAACGGCGACUACCACACGGAUUUAAACCACUACCAGGCCUCCACUCCUUCCUCUUCCACGUCCUCCUCUGUCUCCGCCACACCCAACCACCACCACCUCCAUCACCACCACAACCACAGCCACCACUCUCAUGGCAUACUCGCCGCACUUCCCGAGAACGAAACCUCCCGCAGCCUCCGAAACGUUUCGCAGCACUUCCACAAGGCCUCAAUCUCCUCCAUAUCCUCCGCUUCCUCUUCUUCCUCUUCCUCGCGCGUCAUUCCCGCCAUCCCGCGGCCUCCACCUCCGGCGCAACCAUCCUCCUUCAAGUUUCACCAGUCCGCGCCGGUGAACGUCCCGAUCUUGCCGGUGAAGGCACGGCGGAGGCAGUGUGAGUUUGAUGAUGACGAGGAGGAGGAUGAAGAUGAGGAGAUGGUGCCGCCGCACGAAAUCGUGGCAAGGAACUCAGCGCAAUCCCCGAUUCUUGCUUAUUCGGUUAUGGAAGGGAUAGGGAGAACGCUGAAAGGGAGGGACCUGCGUCAGGUUCGAAAUGCUGUUUGGCGCCAAACAGGUUUCCUCGGUUGA